AUCUCGUUGUAAAGGAGACGCCAUUUUGCAAGCGUCACUUGGCGGCGUGUCGGGUUUCCUUAUUUUAACAAGAAAUACCUCCAAAACUACCGUGUUAUUGUUUUGUUUUUGUAUAAUAUGUCUUACCAGUCUAGUGUGGCGCAGGAUACAUUAGCUGCGGCUCAAUUAGAGAUGGCCGGUAACCCCAAUGCCCUGGCUCUGCGUCGGCCAUUCGACCCAGUGGCCCACGACUUGGAAGCAAGUUUUAGACUGACAAGAUUCGCUGAUCUCAAGGGAAGAAGUUGCAAAGUACCGCAAGAUGUUCUGGGAAAGUUGGUGGAAUCCUUGCAACAAGACUAUUCACAACAGGAACAGGACCAGUUUAUGCAUGUUGCUAUCCCGCGCAUCGGCAUCGGUUUGGAUUGCUCUGUGACGCCGCUGCGACAUGGUGGACUUUGUUUGGUUCAAACUACGGACUUUUUCUAUCCCUUAGUCGACGACCCUUACAUGAUGGGUAAGAUAGCAUGUGCGAACGUUUUGAGCGACUUAUACGCUAUGGGUGUGACAGAAUGUGACAACAUGCUCAUGUUACUGGGAGUAUCAACGAAGAUGACUGAAAAAGAGCGAGAUGUAGUUAUUCCUCUUAUCAUGCGAGGUUUCAAAGACUCUGCCUUAGAAGCUGGAACUUCUGUGACCGGUGGUCAGACUGUUAUCAACCCAUGGUGCACCAUUGGAGGGGUGGCCACAACAAUUUGUCAACCUAAUGAAUAUAUUGUCCCAGAUAAUGCUGUAAUGGGUGAUGUGUUGGUCCUCACCAAACCUUUAGGCACCCAAGUAGCUGUUAAUGCCCACCAAUGGUUGGACCAACCUGAGCGCUGGAAUCGUAUUAAAUUGGUGGUCUCCGAAGAGGAUGUUCGCAAAGCAUAUCACCGUGCGAUGGACUCCAUGAGCAGACUUAACCGCAUUGCUGCUCGUCUGAUGCAUAAGUAUAACGCCCAUGGCUCUACGGAUGUCACAGGUUUUGGCCUUCUUGGCCAUGCACAAAAUUUAGCCUCACAUCAAAAGAAUGAAGUGUCAUUUGUUAUCCACAAUUUACCGGUGAUUGCUAAGAUGGCAGCUGUAGCCAAAGCCUGUGGUAAUAUGUUCCAAUUGCUACAGGGUCAUGCCCCUGAGACCUCUGGAGGGUUGUUGAUCUGUCUGCCACGAGAGCAGGCUGCUGCGUACUGCAAAGACAUUGAGAAGCAGGAGGGCUAUCAAGCCUGGAUCAUUGGCAUUGUGGAGAAAGGCAACCGCACAGCACGCAUCAUUGACAAGCCCCGAGUGAUUGAAGUACCCGCUAAAGAUUAAACUGAAUCAGUUGAGACAUUUCAAAGUUGGACAGAAAACUUUUCUUUUUCAUUUUGACCUUAAGAACACAUAACACUUGAUUUUUAUCAAGAAAUCUUAUACUAUUUGUAUAAUUUGAAGGUUCUUGUUUCUCAUAUUGUAAGUUGUUUCUGAACUUGCUGUUUUUACAAGAUUAUAAAAGCUAAAUGAUUUUAUUGUGGAAUAGUUGUAAGGAAGCUUUUAGAAAAACUUGAUCUAGUGUCUAUUGGUGUUUUAUAAUUAAAUAAGUUAUAAUAAUUAAUAAGAGAACAAUUCCAUUAGUUACAGUCCCAGCAUUUGUUUGCAGCUUGUGGACAGUUUCUGAAAAUUAUGACUUUUUAAGGUACAUUAUAAACUAUUAGAAUAAAUUUAUUUUUCAGUCAA